CACUCCUUGAUCGCUGCAUCACCAGGUAGUUACUGUUUUCUCGACAGCACCCGCCCGUUGCGCUUUCUCGUCGAUUAUUCCUUCCCGCCAACCACAGGCUUACCUGAGCCGACUCCACCGCACUCGUCGCCGACUGCUCGACAUGCCGCUGUCAUAAUGCUCGCGCAUCAGUGCUCUGCGAGAGCAUAUCUCGCCACCUUCGUUACGAUCGUCGUGAUCAUCUUGCUCCUGACUGCCGACCGUCUUGUCCAUCACUCGCAUGCCCUCGCGCAUUUGCCCGCAGGAAAGACAUCUUCCGACACUACCCAAACGAACUUUGAGCGUCCUAGCAAGCCGCUACCAAACGAGUCGGACACGCCUGGGGCAAGCGCGAGCAAUCCCGAGGAUGACGAUAGCAUCGAGGGGCCCUGCAAUCGAGCCGUCAGGUUUCUGCGCAGCAAGGAACUCGGCUUGAGCAACAAAAUCCAGUACUCGCGCCGCUGCAUCAGGCCAGUCCACGCUGAGAUCGACCGUGAAGAGGUCGCCAACGUCAGCAGCCUGCUCAUCACCGGCACCACGGUGCUCGACCUAAACGGCGAUUGCAACCGGAUCGCCCUGCCUCCGUGUGAGCCGCUGACCCUCCAUGUGCCCCCGGCCUACCCGCCGCAACAGGGCCAAUACGGUCACCUCCUCUUUGGCGUCGCAUCGUCCUACGAGCGCCUCCAAGACGCACUCCCAGUCUUUUCCCACUGGCUAUCAGGCAGUGGCGCCCUGUUCGUGGCCGUCGUCUCAAACGCCGACUCCCCGGACCACAAGUACGACAUCGCCGCGCUCGAGGCGUCGUACCGCCAGCAAAACAUCUCAGCGAUCAUCACCCGGCCCCGGCUCAAGCAGUCCCUCCCGCGACUCGACACGGCCGAGGACGCCGAACUCUCCCGCCCGGCCGCCGUCGAACAGCUGCACUUCCUCCUCAUCGAGGACAUGCUCAACGUCGCGACCCCCCAAACCCAAUGGCUCGGCGUGCUCGACGACGACACCUUCUUCCCCGCGCUCCACCCGCUCGACCUCACCCUCCGCCAGCACGACCACACCCGCCCGCGCUGGCUGGGCGCCCUCGCCGACAACUGGGUGAGCAUGACCAUCUGGGGCUUCAUGGCGUACGGCGGUGCCGGCACGUUUCUCUCGGUCCCGCUCGCCAAGCAACUCCACCCGCACCUGCGCGACUGCAUCCGGCAGACCAAGAUCGUCUCGGGCGACGGCAUGCUCAAGGAGUGCGUCUACGCGCACUCGACCACCAAACUAACCCUCGUCGAGGGCUUGCACCAGCACGACAUCAUGGGCGACCCGUCGGGCUUCUUUGAGUCCGGCCGCAAGACGCUGAGCAUCCAUCACUGGAAGUCGUGGUACCACGCGCCCGUGGCGCAGAUGGCGGCCGUCGCCAAAGUGUGCGGCGACUGCUUCUUGCAGAGGUGGCGCUUUGGCAGGGACACGCUGCUCGCCAACGGGUACAGCAUUUCGGUGUAUCGUGAUGGUGUCGACAAGCUCGAUCUGGACCGCGUCGAGGGCACGUUUAAUGACCCGGAUGCCAAGUUUGAUUUCGUGUACGCCCCCUUCCGGCCGAAACUCAGCGGCGAUCAGAAGAAGAGUUAUCGGUUGGAGAAGGUCGAUGGGGAUAUCGACAGGGGGGAACGGUUCAGGCAGGUGUAUGUGCACCGCGCGCCGAGGGGGGAGGGGAGUGAGCCUGUGGAUGAGGUGGUUGAGCUGGUUUGGGAGGUUUAAGCGAGCUUUUGAGGCUUGGUGGCGACGGGCUUUGGUUUUCUUUGUCUGGUCGGCGCCGCCAUCACAAUAUGGCUGUGCUGGCUCACAUCCAAAUCAGUUCGAGUCAGAGCUAGCUAGCAAGGUGGGCGUAUGUGAAGGAGAGAAAAACAAGCUCUCGGAGUGCAUCAUUUCGUAGAGCGAGCGAUUGGGGACUUAGAUGGUCAAGUCCGGUUGACAACCUGGCCGUGGGGCGUUCAAAGGCAUUGGCUUUGGGUUUGUUUGGCGUUUUGCAGUCUCGUGUAAACUAUUAUUCUUUUACCGCAGCCAAAAGGAAAAAUAAAUGCAUUGAGUCAGCGCCUCCUCUCCUCCGUUCAGUUUCUUUGUCCCAUUUGGUGGUGCAACACAUGCCAACCUGUCCCUCGGAUUCCGAACAUGAGUUUGAUUAAGUCGGAG